AAAUGAGAGUUGGUUUGUUGAGCUUCUGUUGUUGAAGGGUCACGUUUCAGAGCAUUGAUGAAAGGACUUGUCUCCUCUCAGGAGUCUCCGUCCUGCUGGUUGGACGGAGCCAUCGCUCACCUCUCAGAGAUCAUCCAGCUGGAGGACGUGCCCUCGAUCCAGAUGGAGGUCGGGGUCCUGGUGCGGGAGUUUCCAGACGUCAGGAAGAAGCACGUGUCGGCCAUCUUGAACAUCCGGGGCCUGACGCGUCAGUCGGAGCGUCAGGAGAUCCUGAACAUCGUGAAGGACCUGGAGAGCAGCGAGGCGGCGGGCGGUUCGAUGCCGACGCGCGAGCGCCUGCUGUUCCACGAGGUGCCGGUCACCUCCGAGGUGCCCUGCCUGAACCUGGGUCUGAGCCGGGUCGCCCUCAGCGCCUCGGCCUGCUUCACCGCUCUGAGGCCGAGGCAGAGGAGAGGCAGGAAGACCAGCCAGGAGACCACAGAGGACGGACUCUGAGAAGAGACCAGGAGGAAAGACCAGGAGGAAAGACCAGGAGGAAAGACCAGGAGGAAAGACCAGGAGCAAUGACCAGGAGGAAAGACCAGGAGAACACAGAGGACGGACUCUGAGAAGAGACCAGGAGGAAAGACCAGGAGGAAAGACCAGGAGGAAAGACCAGGAGCAAUGACCAGGAGGAAAGACCAGGAGAACACAGAGGACGGACUCUGAGAAGAGACCAGGAGGAAAGACCAGGAGGAAAGACCAGGAGCAAAGACCAGGAGGAAAGACCAAGAGAACACAGAUGUCGGACUCUGAGAAGAGACCAGGAGCAAAGACCAGGACUAAAGACCAGGACUAAAGACCAGGAGCAAAGACCAGGAGGAAAGACCAGGACUAAAGACCAGGAGGACACAGAGGACGGACUCUGAAAUUGAAAACGUUGAAUACAUUUCUGACCUCUUUAGGAUCAUAAAUGGCAGUUUGGAAUCCGUAAAACUUUAAAACUGCCCAAAAUGCAUCAAAUCAGUCGACAGAGAGCACAAACGCAUAUGAAGACAAUCGCGUCUAAAUGACUUAGCCCAUUUUUUACAGUUUUGAAGUGUUUUCUUUUGUUGUGGUAAUAGUUUGUAUGUUGAAUCAAUUCCUUUUUUAGGAUCCUUUAUGGCAGUUUUGAGUCCCCCGAAAACUUUUAAAUCGACCCAAAAUUAGAAAAAAAGAUUUAGUCUAAACCCUGACGACGCCCACUGAAACUCAGGGCAGUUUUGAGUGCCAGAAAACUUUUAAUAUGACCCAAAAUGCAUCAAAUCAGUCCACAGAGAGCACAGAAAUGUCCACUUUCUGCUAUUUUUGGUCCUGAAAAUGUCAGAAAUGAUUCAGCCAACCUCCAAAACCACUUCAAAAUUGUCCGGAGAACCCAGACGACGUCCUCUGAAACUCAGAGAGAAAAGACGAAGAUGAAAGCCAGCGCCAGCACAUAGAAACUGCUGGAUACUAACCUGCAGAUAAGAUAAGAAGUACUUCAUUGAUCCCAAUAUGGGAAAUGUUUGUAUGUUGGGACAUGUACACAGUUAGUAGAAACAUAAGUUGAGUUCAUUAGCAUUUAAAGACAAUAGCUUCUAAAUGGCCGAUUUGGGCAUUUGCCCUGCCUGAACCUGGGUCUGAGCCGGGUCGCCCUCAGCGCCUCGGCAGGUUUCACUGCUCUGAGGCCGAGGACCAGGAGGAGGACCAGGGGGAACAGCAGGGAGAACCAGGAGAACCAGGAGGAGGUGCUCUGAGGACCAGAACCAGGAGGAGGACCAGGAGAACCAGGAGGAGGUGCUCUGAGGACCAGAACCAGGAGGAGGAGGACCAGGGGGAACAGCAGGGAGAACCAGGAGAACCAGGAGGAGGUGCUCUGAGACUCAGGGAGAAAAGACCAGGAUUGAGAAUAACGCCAGGAGAGUGAACCAGGUUUUUUUUUAGGAUCAAAAUGGCAGUUUUGAGUCAAAUAGAAAAGUCAGAAAAAGUUAUUGCGAGCAACCAGAGGACGUCCUCUGAAAUUGAGAACGUUGAAUACAUUUUUGACAAAUUUGACAGUUCCCAACGACGUUUAAAUCGACCCAAAAUGAAUCAAAAUCAGUCCACACCAAAGUCAAAGUCAGCUUUAUUGUCAAGAAUUCUACAUGUUGUACAUCCAGAAAUAUCGUUUCUCGAGGUCCUACAGUGUGACAUAUAGACAUCAAACAACAACAACAAAACAAAAAGGGCCUAGAUAACCGGGGUAUACAGUUUAAAAUGUUAAUAAUAUGUUAAAGUGUUCAGCGGAGAUGGCAGAAAAGUGACUGGUGCUGGAUGAGGGAGGUUGGUUUUGUGUGUGUGUGUUAGGGUUAGACCUCUAACCCUAACCCAACAUCAAUUUAUGCUAAUGUGUAAAUGUCCCAACAUCUGCAGGUUAGCAUCCGGCAGCUUCUAUGAGCUGCAGACCCUACUCUACAUUUCUCUCAGAACACUUUGGGGUCUCAACAUGUCCGGAUGGCUUUGAGACUCUGAGCUGUUUUCUGAAGAGCUAACGUUGUCUCAAUAUCUUCUUCUGACCUUUCUGUUUCUGAUCUGCAUCUUUAAUGUGACUUUGAAAGAACUGUGUGAACAGCCCAUCAGUACGGAGGCCGACGGGAGCAAACGUGCACAAAACACUUCUUUAGUAGAAAUACGCUGCAGAUAUUCAGGAAAACCCUGACGACGUCCUCUGAGUUUCUACGAGCUUUCCAUCCGUUGUAAAGUCUAAUAGAGGUCUUAAUGUCCAACAUCUAUCAAAGUCAGUCCACAGAGAACAAAGAUGGACAACUCUGGUUAAACCUGACAUUUCUUAUCCUGAAAUGUCAAAGCAUCCUCAAUAACCCACAAAAACACUACAAAACUGCCAAGACAUUGUUUAACUAUUGUCUGCAAAGCUAUCUAAUGCUGAUAAACGCAGUCCAGGACUCUGUCUAAUAUCUUUAAUCCACUUUGAAUGAGUUUCUGAUUUAGAUUUCUCCCUUUCAGAAUCUGGAGCACAUGUUUGUAUAUUUGAACGCGGGGUGAUGCACAUGUCUUCACUUCGCUGAUCAACCUGGUUUACCGCGGCAGAACGAACCCUAAAAAUAAACCGAGAGCUCGCUUUUUAAAUGGGAAAAAGUACAAAUAUAGCUCAGAAAAUGAUGUUCUAGUUUGAAACAUGCACUUUUAUUGGUUAAUCAUUCCCUUAGAUGCUUUAGACUUCCUGACUAAAGGGACACCUGUGAGGACUGAAAUGCAUUGUGGGAAAACAGUCAGGCUUGCUGCGUUUAAUCUGUGACCCUUCAGAUAAUCUGGUUUAAACUCUUUUAUUAAAUGCAGUCGCUAUAAUCCACAGGACGCAGAAA